AUGGCGUCGCCGCCGCCGCCGCCGCGCGUGUGCGUUACCUGGGGCGGCGGGUAUGUCGCCUCAUGGCUUGUCAAGCUCCUCCUUUCCCGCGGCUACGCCAUGCACGCCACUGUCCGCGACCCAAGUGAUCCCAAGAACGCUCACCUGCAGGUACUGGACGGGGCCCCGGAGAGCUUGCUCCUGUUCACUGCCGACAUGCUCGAUCACGACGCCCUGGCGGCCGCGGUCGCCGGGUGCGAGGGGGUCUUCCACGUCGCCUCCCCUGUUCCCGCGGACAAGCUGCUGUUCGUUUUAAUCCAAGUUGACCCCAAGAUAGAAUCAAAGAUGAGAGUCGCUGGUCAGACAAAAAUUUAUGCAUUAAGAAUGAGGACUAAAGUAGGGCCAACCAAGUUUUGCUUGCAGGACUGGUACAGUGCUGCCAAGACAAUUGCUGAAGAGACAGCAUUGGAGUAUGGAGAGAAGAAUGGACUAACUGUUGUUACAGUUUGCCCUUGUCUCGUUUUAGGUCCACUCCUGCAGCCUCUGGUCAAUACCUCGAGUGAAUUACUCAUCUACAUUAUAAAAGGAGGUCCUAGGGCGAUGAAAAACCUCCCCUGGAACAUAGUUGAUGUCCGAGACGUAGCUGAUGCUUUGCUUUUGGUAUAUGAGAAAGUGGAAUCAUCUGGGAGAUACAUCUGUGCACCGGAUCGGAUCAGCACAAACGACAUAGUGAACUUGUUGAAGAAGUCCUACCCCAACUACAAUUAUGUGAACUGCGACAACAAGGACUAUGAAUCCGAAGUCUCGCCAGUUACGUCAGAGAAACUUAAGAGUCUAGGCUGGAAACCAAGGAAAAUGGAGGAAACUUUGUUGGACAGCGUUGAGUACUUCGAGAAGGCAGGGUUUUUGCAGGAUGUAGAGGGUUGUCCUCGCCGUCUUCCUCGUCUUUUUCAUUUUGCUUCUGACUAA